AUGUGCGUCUAUGAGUGUUUUUUCACCGAGUUUGGGAUGAAAUUUCCUUUGGCUUUCUUUUUAUUGAAGUUCACCGCCGAGCGGGGCGUUGCCGUGAGCCAACUUACUCACGGCGUUUUUCAUCAAAUGGUCUUCACGGAAGCCUUAGCCGCUGCCGCAAACAUCAUGUUUGAUCGUCACCUUUUGGAGAAUGUCACGGAUCUUCGCGCCGGAUCCAAAUGGGAGGGGAACUUUAAGCGUUUCCACACCGCGAUGAGACAUAGGAUCGUAUUUGGUGACUACCGGGAUAAGAUUCAUCACUGGAAGCACUAUUUCUUGUUUUGUAAAGAUAAGCAAGGCCUAGAGCCGUUGAGGCGGGCGAGGCCGAGUAGCGCUCUUAAAGGCAAGUUCAAAGCUUUGAGGGAGCUCAGUCACCAGAUUUGGCCUGAGGUCGUGGAGGAGCUCGAGAGAAAGAAGAAAGAAAAGAAGGAGAAGAAAGAAAGGAAAAGCAAGCCUGCUGUCUCCGCGACUCCGCUAUCCGGUAAGCGUUUCACUUGUUCUCUCGUAAUUUUGAUCUCAUCAUUGAUGACUAAUUUUUGGUUUUACCAAGCCGCAGUUAAACCGCCCCGUUCCAAGAUGAAACCAAUGGGACUUAAGAAGAGAGCGCCCGUGUACGUUGACGACUCCGUCGUUGCUUCGAAACUGGCGCCCGAGUCUCCAAAGCCGAAAGACUCCCUUUCUCUUCCUCUUCCAAGUUCUUCCAUCGCGUCUCAGACAAAGUAA